GUGAGUGCUAUGACAUAACAGGUCCUUUAGCCAGAUGGGAUCUAGCCGAUACCCUCUUAAUAUGGUGGUUUUAGGUAUGAGUGUUACACAAUAUCACUGACCAUGAACAAGAUGAAGAAGAAGCUGCCUGAGCGGAUCCUGAAUCACAUCCUGGAGAUUCUCUACCUGCUGACGGGAGAGCGCGUGACUAACUCACUGACAGCGAGUCAGAUGACCGGGGACAAGAUGACGACAGAGAGAAUACUGACCCACACCCUGCAGAUUAUAUGCCUGCUGACUGGGGAGGUGCCUAUAAAGUGUGAUGAUGUUGCCGUGUAUUUCUCUAUGGAGGAGUGGGAGUAUAUAGAGGGACACAAGAGUCAUUACAAGGACAUCAUGUUGGAGACCCUUAAUAAACCCCAGACUACUGAGAUCCAAGCACACAAGAACUCAGGUGAAGUUGUAUUAAAUACUGCACCAGCAGAAUACCUGAGUAUUAGUCAGCUGGACCCUCCGGAGCAGGAGAUCUGUAACAGUAUUAGCACAGGUGAUAUAAAGACUGAAGUUAUAUUUAAUACUGAACGAACAAAUCAUCUGGGUCUAAAGAGUCAACUGGAAUCUCUGGAGCAGAAAGUCAGUAACAAUGUCAGCACAGUUAAAAUUAACCCUGAAAUAACAAAAGUGGAACAAACAGAAGAUCUGUGUGUGGCGAAACCACUUGAAAUUCAGGAGCAGAAAGAUACUGACAUGAAAAGUGACGAGGCUACAGACACAAAUACAUUUUUGAGCUCAGAUAUUCCUAGUCAAGGUUGGAUGGCUGAUGUUUCAAGUGUCUUAAAAGAUCAACAAAGAGAAAUGGGAAAUAAAUCUGUUCCGUGUUCUGCUUCAUGUGGGAAAUGUUUUACCCAUAAUACGCAUACAGGAGAGAAAGCAUUUUCAUGUUCUGAAUGUGGAAAAUGUUUUACUUACAAAUCAAAUUUUAAUGCACAUCAGAAAAUUCAUAAAGGAGAGAAACCAUUUUUAUGUUUUGAAUGUGGGAAAUGUUUUACCCGCAAAUCACAUCUUAUGAGACAUCAAAACAUUCAUACAGGAGAGGAAGUAUUUUCAUGUUCUGAAUGUGGAAAAAGUUUUAACCAGCAAUCAAAUCUUAUUACUCAUCAAAAUAUCCAUAAAUACGAGAAAUCCUUUUCAUGUUCUGACUGUGGGAAAUGUUUUAAAUGGAAAUCAAAUCUUAUAAGUCAUCAGAAAAUGCAUACAGGAGAGAGAGCAUUUUCAUGUACCGAAUGUAGGAAAUCUUUUAAAUGGAAAUCCAAUCUUAUUACUCAUCAGAUAAUUCAUACAGGAGAGAAAGCAUUUUCUUGUUCUGAAUGUGGGAAAUGUUUUACCCACAAAUCAACUUUUAACGCACAUCAGAAAAUUCAUACAGGAGAGAAAGCAUUUUCAUGUUCUGAAUGUGGGAAAUCUUUUACUCGGAAAUCAGAUCUUAUAUCUCAUAGCAAAAUUCAUACAAAAGAGAAAGCAUUUUCGUGUUCCCAGUGUGGGAAAUGUUUUAGCUAUAAGUCAAGUCUUAUUUCUCAUCAGAAAAAUCAUACGUCAGAGGAAACAUUUUCCACGGUCAUUUAGAUCCGAACAACCUUCCCAUGAUAUACAUUGUAAUAUAUGCUACAUGCACUUUAGUAAAUGUUAAUCUUUCCUCACUGUUCUGAGGGAAUUUAAGCAGGGUUUAUAAAUGCCCUAUUAUUAUUAUCAUUUAUUUGUAUAGCGCCGCCAAAUUCCGUAGCGCUGGGUACAAUGAUAGGGGUAUACAAUGACAAAGAUUUGUGAUACAAUACAAAACAUAAUAAGACUAAACAAAUCUAGCACAGGAGGAAGAGGGCCCUGCUCCGGAGAGCUCAAGGUCUAUAGGUUUAGGGUGCAGAGUCAUAAGGUUGGGGUAGCUUGUUACAUCGGUUGUAUUUGCAGCAGUGAGUCAGGCAUUUCAUGUACAUGUAUUAGCUUGGUUCGGAUGCAGGAUGGAGGAGAGAUGGUAAGCCUCUCUGAAUAGGUGGGUUUUCAAGGAUCGUCUGAAGCUAUACAAGGUUGGAGACAGUCUGAUGGAGCGGGGUAGAGAGUUCCAGAGGACAGGAGCAGCACGUGCAAAGUCUUGGAGGCGGGAGUGGGAUGUAGAGAUAACAGGAGUGUAGAGACGUAGGUCAGAGGUUGAUCGAAGAGGACGGGAUGGGAAGUAUUUCACGAUGAGAGAGGAAAUAUAGUUGGGAGUUAGACUGUUGAGUGCUUUGUAAGGUUAGGGCUAAUACUUUAAAUUGUAUUCUGGAGUGUAUGGGGAGCCAGUGUAGAGACUGGCAGAGCAGAGCAGCUGAUGUAGAUCGUCGACUUAGGUGGAUGAGUCUAGCAGAAGCAUUCAUAAUAGAUUGGAGGGAGGAGAGGCGGUGUUUUGGAAGGCCAAUUAAGAGUAGAUUGCAAUAAUCAAUGCGUGACAGGAUGAGGGAAUGAAUAAGUAUUUUUGAGUAAGGAAGGGACGAAUUCUGGAAAUGUUGCGUAGGUGUGAACGGCAGGAUUUGGUAAGCGUUUGUAUAUGUGGGUUGAAUGUGAGUUCUGAGUCUAGUGUGACCCCAAGGCAACGGACCUGGGGUGAGGUGUUGAGAAUAGAGUCUCCAACCAUCAGAGAAAUGUCAGGUGUUGGAUGUCUCGAAGAGGGGGGGAUAAGAAGCAGCUCAGUUUUGGACAGAUUGAGUUGGAGGUAGUGUGACGACAUCCAAGAGAAAAUUGCAGAGAGGCAGUCAGAAAUCUGGUUGAGUAAAGAGGGAGAGAUAUCAGGAGAGGAAAGAUAGAUUUGGCUAUCAUCAGCAUAUAGGUGGUACUGGAAUCCAAAGGAGGCUAUAAGUUUUCCAAGGCAGGAUGUAUAAAGAGAGAAAAGCAAGGGACCCAAGACAGAGCCUUGCGGUACUCCAACUGAGAGAGGCAUAGGAUCACAAGAUAUGUUGUUAAUGGAAACUGAAAACGAGCGGUUUGAAAGAUAUGAUGCAAACCAGGAGAGGGCUGUGUCUCGGAUGCCAAAUGAAUGUAGUAUUUUUAGGAGGAGAGGAUGGUCAACUGUUUCAAAGCUGCGGACAGGUCAAGAAGAAUUAGUAAGGAGUAAUGGCCUUUUGCUUUAGCUGAUAACAGGUCAUUUGUUACUUUAGCAAGAGCGGUUUCUGUUGAGUGUUUAGGGCAGAAAACAAAUUGUAGUGGAUCAAGUAAGGAGUUAGUUGUGAGAAAUUGAGUUAGCCGAUUAUAGACUAGUCGUUCCAAUAAUUUUGAAGCAAAGGGAAGUAAGGAGACCGGUCGAUAGUUAGAAGGCGUGGAGGGGUCAAGCGAGGGCUUUUUUAGGAUUGGUAUGAUUGAUGCAUGCUUGAAAGUGACAGGAAAUGUGCCAGCAGUGAGAGAUUGGUUAAAGAGAUGAGUUAGGGUAGGGGUUAGUGAAGAAGAGAGAGAGGGAAUAAAUUGUGAAGGAAUAGGGUCAAGUGGGCAGCCCUACAGCCACAAAUAAGUUAUUUUUAUUGAUGGUAUUAGAUACGUUAUAUUAUAUAUACCCCCUGUAUAUUCAUGAAUAAAACAGACUUCGGCUCAAUGAUUUUUCUGAUCUACUUAUCUCUAGCAGUAGACACUGAGACAUAGAUUGGCUGACAUUUCAGUACCAUAGGAACUACAUAUGCUAUACAACUCUGCUUCAUCUCACUGACAUGAAAAAUUAGAUGUGUGCAUUUGUAUCCUCUAUUUGCACAGAUCUUAGUGUGUUGAACGUUCACAAGAAUAAAUCUGACUCCGAAAAGAGACAAAUGCCACUUCUUCCGCACGUUCUAACGAAGGAUCUGAAUGCACACGUAUAUAAUAAAUUAUUAUAAUGAAACAUUUUUCAUCUA